UCCUGUCUUAUGGGGUCCAUACCUCCUCCUCUUCAGACCCUUUGAAGAAGUGGAGACCAGACCUCCACAUGGUCCCCACAAGGGCAGUAAACACACACACACACACACACACACACACACACACACACACACACACACACACACACACACACACCUCCUCUCCUCUGCUCUCCUGUCCUGUCCUCUCUCCUCUCAGAGCUGCUCAGACUUGAGGGAGGAAUGGCGGCCCCUCGGAGUUUCUUCAUCUCCCUCUCCGCGUUAUUCCUGCUCUUAUAUUUCUCCUGUGGAUCUACGACCUCCGGCAACAAGCGAGCAAACCAGGAGCGAUGCGGCUUCAAGGUGCAGUCUGGUACAGAUGGAGGUCGCAGGUUGCCCGUCACCUUCAGAGCCGACAACUGUUCUUUAAACUACCCGUUGGGAAAACAUGUGAUCCAUGAGGUCGUCAACGUCUCCUUCAGCCAUCUGGCCUGUGAGGAUCAGGCUGCCGUGGUCGUCCACUGGUCUGCCAGUCCACUAGGUAUCGAACACAUUAAAGGCUUCAGAGUUUAUCUGGAGGACAAGAAUCCAGAAGGGAAACAGUGUCAACACCUCAUCCUCAAAGACCCUCGACAGCUCAACUUCUCCUACAAGCACACGAAGCUGAGCAGUCAGCCGUUCAGCGGUUUGACCUUUGACACCGACUACAUGGUUCGAGUUGUUCCGUUCCCGACUCUGAUGAACGAGAGCUUCUUCCCUCCAUCCUUCCUCAGGACCAACUCAUGUGAAGUCCUCCUGGGAUCAGACAACCUGGUCUGCAAACCAUUCUGGAAGCCGAAGACCCUGAACGUCUCUCAGCUGGGCUCGAACCUCCACGUGGCGUUCGAUCAGGCUCCGUCCUCCUUCGGCUUCCACUUCUACUACCUGUACUACAAACUACGACAGGACGGACCCUUCAAGCUGCAGCGCUGCAAACCAGACUUGAACCAGGCCAGACUUACGUGCAUCCUGCAAGACGUCACUCCAGGGACCUACACUAUAGAGUUGAGAGACGACAGUAACACGACGAGGAGGCAGACUCAGUAUCAUGUCAGCCAGGUCCACUCCCCCUGGGCCGGGCCGAUCCGUGCCAUGGCCAUCACAGUGCCGCUGGUCAUCAUGUCGGCCUUCGCCACACUUUUUACUGUCAUGUGCCGCAAGAAACAGCAAGAAAACAUCUACAGCCAGCUGGACGAGGAGAGCAGUGAGUCGUCCAAUCACAGUGCCGCGUUGAACGCGGAGCGGCCGUGGCCCCGCCCCAAAGUGUUCAUCUGUUACUCCAACAGAGACUGUCCUAAACACACCACCGUCAUCCAGAGCUUCGCCUACUUCCUGCAGGACUUCUGCAACUGUGAGGUUGUGUUGGACCUGUGGGAACACCUGGAGAUGUGCAAAGAGGGUCAGAUGUCGUGGCUCAGCAGACAGCUGGACGAAGCCAACUUCAUCAUCACCGUCUGCUCUAAAGGCCUUCGCUACUACUCGGAGAAGAAGAGCCGCAAAGGGAAAACGCCAGUCAGUCGCCGUAGUAACAGCGGCAGCAGCAGCAGCAGCUCCUCUCCGAUUGGUGGAUCAGGUAAUGACCUGUUCAUCGUGGGCGUGGCCAUGAUCGCAGAGAAGCUGAGGCUGGCCAAGCAGAGUGAGGGGGGCGGAGCUCAGGAGCUGAACCGCUACAUGUCUGUUUACUUCGACUACUCGACAGAAAACGACAUCCCCACCAUAUUAAGUCUGGCUCCCAGGUUUAAGUUGAUGGACCAGCUGCCUCAGCUCUUCAGUCGCCUCCACUCCAGUCAGUCCAGUUUAGCCGAUCGCGAGUCGCAGCCGCUCAACGUCUCCAGGAGGAAUUACUUCAGGAGUAAAUCGGGACGCUCGCUCUAUGUUUCCAUCUGUAACAUGCACCAGCACAUCAGCCAGAAUCCUGACUGGUUUGAGAAGCAGCUGGCUCCUUCAGGAGCGUCCUCAACCUCCUCCUCCAAACAUCCUGCUCUCCCUGCCGAUGCGGCUCCGAACCCUCCUCCAAAGCCUCACUGCUCCUCCUCGUGUCAGCCCGAGCAGAGGUUUGACUCCGGCUUGGUGCUGAACGAGGUGAUGGUGAAAACGCCGUCGCUGGAGGGCAGAAAGGGAGCGCCAAGGAGGAACAUGCUCCUGCUGGCUCCUGGCUCCAGUCCCAGCCUUAAUCAAGGCCCCAGCCACAGCCCUAGUCCAAGUCCGAGUCCUGGUCCCUGCCCCAGUCCUGGUCUCUGUCCCAGUCCAGGUCUGCCACAUUGCUCUCUGUCCAUGCUGGGACCCAAUUCAAGGUCCACUUCUGGAAUAUCUGGACUGUUACCAGGAGAAUCAUCAGCCUCCGCCUCCACCUCCUCUUCCUCUUCAGCUCCCUCCAUCCUCCAGGAGGUGGUGGCCGCCAUCCCCACCCCGACAGAAGAAGGCGGCCCCUCCCCUCCUGAGCUCCCUCCUCCUCGUGAUUCUGGCAUUUAUGACUCGUCUGUCCCAUCCUCAGAGCUUUCUAUUCCCCUGAUGGAGGGACUGUCACAUGACCAGGCUGACUCCUCCUCCCUGGCUGAGAGCGAAUCCUCUUCUUCUGGGCUGGGUGACGAGGAGCCUCCUGCAGUCACGUCGCUCCACUGCAGCGCUGCCACAGUUUGUAAAGCUGAGCUGCACCACAGUCACCACCUGGAGCACAGCGAGGGACUCGCACCUGUGGCCUCAUCGUAGGGGAACGCCUCCGGCCGAUCAAAAGAGGACCAAAAGUGUCAUAUAUUCAAGGCCAAAAAUGUGUUGGUGUUGGACCUGAACCCUUUCUUGACAGUGCCGUCAUCCCAUCGCCACGGAAACAAAACUGGAACUAAUCAAAAGUGCACCACAGUGUUUCACCAGUGGAAAUCAUGGAGCUGUAAAUUGCUGGUUUUGGUACGAUGGUAACCACAGAGUUCUAGUAGACAAGUUACUGGUGGUAACUAUGGUAACGGCUGUGUCUAGAACCAUAGACUGUGUGAUAAGUAGUGGACGGAACCACCGUGAUGUAAUCCAUUGGUUCGUAAACUUGGUCUGAAGACCCCAAGUUUGGAAUCAUUUUUGACGCCAUUUUUGUUUAUUGGAGGCAGGAAGGGUUGAAGGUCCACAUGUGAUCUGAGCUGAGGAAGAGCUGAAAGAUUGAGACCAUAAACAUAUUUGGAAUCUGUUAACUGAGGUAAUAAACCCACCUGAGAAAGUAGUAGAGGCAUUUUCUCAUAAGCUUACAUACAAUUGGACUUCUUUUUGAAACCAGUAGAGUCACCCUCUGCUGGCCAUUAGAAAGAAUGCACCUUUAAGGCACUUUCCCAUUGACUUAGCUUUGUUAACCGAAAGCUACGUCCACUAUUUAUACGGUCUAUGUCUCCAACAAACUGUAACUAUGGUAACAGCAGAGUUUUGUGACGAGCCCUGGUAACCAUGGUAACCACAGAGUUCUAUGAUGCUUCAUGGUAACUGUGUUAACAGCAGAGUUCUGGUACCACUGCUAACCACUGAGUUCUGCGACACCGGUCCCUGGUAACCACUGUGGUACUUUGUCGGCCUCGCUGGUCACCCUGCCUGGAUAACUUUUUAAGGACUGGACCUCCAGAUGCUGCAGACUGGACUGGUUCUGACCAAAGACUGCCUCAGCACUGCAUCUUGAUCUUUUUACGAGCAGUUGACUUUUGUGCGAUGCUGACGCUGAAACAAACUGUAAGUUCAGGCACUUUGUGACGCAGAAACACAGAAAGACAUCAGCGCAGCUACUGAGGUUCUGGUUCUGACGACCAGCUGCUGAAUGUAUCAACGCUUCAUCAGAGGACGAUGAUAUGGCAACAACUCGGAGGACAUGUUUUGUAUUAUUCUUAACAUUUAGGACCAAAUGGGGGAAAACCACAUAUUCACCAGUGGAUGCUGUUCUUUACAAUGUGCCAUUUUUUUCUCCAUUUAAUGUGCAUUUUUCAUUAUAAAGGGGAUUUCUCCAUGAAACAGUUACACCACAUUUUAUCAAUAUUCAUUGGGUUUUAAUGAUUUUUAAUAAUCAUGUGUUUUAACAGCACGCUUAUGUUAAAAUGUCCUCUAAUUGUUUGUUGACAAUGACUCAUCGUUGGAGCAGCAAGUAACAUGAUGACCACUGCCCGUUUAUAAAUCCUUAAACUGUCGAAAGACUUUUGUCAAAAAUGUACUAAAACCUGCUAAUGUGAUGAUAUGGUGAAGGAGUUGUGUGAACUGUGUUAAACUGACAUUUGGCUUUUAUUGAAUUUUGUUCUUUCUGCAUUUUAAUCCACAAAUUCAGAAUAUAACAUUCCAAUGAAUUCGACUGUUGGUGCCACUCCCGCACCGUAACGUAUUGAAAACUGUGGUAACAUUGUAAAGCUUGUGCUUACAUAUUUAAAGUGUUGACUGUUAACGUUACAUUUAUAGUUUUGUGUUUCUUCAUGCUUUUGUGAUUCUUUUCUAAACAUUGUUGCAGGAAGCAGCGAUGACGAGGGCAUUAUGAAACGUUCUCCAAUUACUGAACCACUUUAAAGAUGCCUGUGUGGAAGAAAUAGAUACAGGAAGUGUCAAAUUUAGUAGGAAGUCGAGUUUAAAUUACGGGAAGUUAACAUUUUGACCAGAAACGGGAAUGUCUUAACUUUGACUUGAAAAAAAGAUAUGAACCAAACAAUGACAUUAAUUCACUUAAAAGGGACGCUUCUUAUGAUUGUGAUUAGUAAGUAUUGAGUCACCCUGACAGGUUUUAUUUAAAUAAUUUGUUUUAAUCCUUUUCAUUUCUGGUUCAAUUGGGCUUCCAUACACUUCAAAUAUUGAUCCGGUGAUCAGAUUUCAUAUCUGACACAUGUAGAGUGACACGAUGUCUGUCAGGAUCAGCAGCUGCUGAAGGCUGAGCGACGACUUCUGGUUCAUCUGCAGGUUUGAGUUUGUUGGAAGGGAAGAUUCAGCAUUUCCUGCUUGUACAUAUUAUUUUUAUUUUAACCUGGAAAUGUCUGUUCUGCUUCGGUUUUGUAUAGUUAGACUUUUGUUUAUAUUUCUUUCUCCAUUUUCUAGGAAUGUACUGUUUUAUAGUACUUAAAUGCAGGAAAUAGUAAAAUCCAUCUAAUAAAACAUUUAUGUUCUGA